UCCAACAAAGUGUAUGGAAAAAGAAAGUAGACGUCGACAGGUUUAACGCUACAUAGGCCUACAAAUUCUAAAAAGAUGUCUGCGAGGUUUACUCGGCUUCUUGGGACCUGUGCUUUUAGGCGCUUCGUUACUAUAAAGGGUCAUGUAAACAUUGCGCCAGGACUGCAGAUCAACCCCGUGACGAAAAGGCAACUAGCAACAGGGAAUGCUGAUCCUGCGUUUUUUGCUAUGAUGCAACAGGCAAGGGCAAAACUACCUGACGAUCAAAAGCAAAGUGCCAUUGUGUCACAUAGGGAAAAAGUCAAUGGUGUGGACAUACACUUCGAGACAACAGGUGAUGGCAAGGAGAUUAUCCUGCUCCUCCCAGGGGCCCUAGGAUCUACUAGAACAGAUUAUGGAAAACAGUUGACAGAGUUAAAUAAGUCUGACUACACUUUGGUGGCAAUGGAUCCCCGUGGUUAUGGCCGAAGCAUUCCUCCAGAGAGGACCUGGCCUCUAGAGUUCCUACAGAGGGAUGCUGAUGAUGCCAUUCAACUAUGUCAGAUACUAGGUCUCAGGAAGAUCUCCUUGCUGGGCUGGAGUGAUGGAGGAAACACAGCGAUGAUAUUGGCAGGCAAAGAACCGUCCCUAGUCAGUAAAAUGGUGGUGUGGGGAGGGAACUCUUAUGUCACAAAACAGGACAUUGAUGCAUUCGAAAAUAUACGGGACAUUUCAUCAUGGAGUGAUCGUAUGAGGGAGCCAUUUGAGAAGAUAUAUGGAGAAGAAUAUUUUCGGAAACACUGGAGUUUGUGGGUGGAUGCUUGUAAGGCUUACUUCACUGACCGAGAAGCUAAUGUUUGUAUGGACGACCUAAAGAACAUCACAGCUAAGACUCUGAUUGUCCAUGGCAUGAAGGACCCACUGGUGAAGAUAGAACAUCCUGAUUACAUACACGCCAACAUCAAGGGCUCAGAGUUAUUCCUGAUGCCAGAGGGAAAACACAACCUACAUAUCCGCUACUGGAAAGAAUUCAACACACUCGUCGAAGACUUCUUGAAGAAAUAAGCUGCCAACACAUCUUCUUUCUUUUUUUUUAAAUAAUAUAUUUUUGUAUAAUAUGAUAAGAGAAUAGAAUCUUUGAUAAGUUUGUCAAUAAUUUCUUCCUACAUUUAAAAAGUAUUUGUGUAUGUUCUUCGAAUGUUGUAUAUUGUGUAUAAAUGUUGGGCUUACGAAUGAUUGGAUAAAAUUUAAUCAAGAAAUACAACUACAUAUAUAGGGUUGUAUGUUUAUACAAUACACAAGAAUUGGGUUAACCUGUUUUAUACUCAUUAUCUAUAAUUUUGCUACUAUUGUUUAUCUGUGUAAAAUCAGAAGUGCUAAUAUAUACCAAUUUUGACAUAAGGAUUCACCUGCCCCUAUAAACACUCCCUAGCCCUUUUCUGGAAAAGAGAAUGGUGCAGAGAAUGGUGCAUUAAUUGAAGCAUAAAAAAAUUCAUUGUCCCAUGAUAAUUUCUGAUCCUCUACAUAGUAUCUUUACAAUAUUUGUAUUUUAAUACAGUACCUAAUGCCUUAUUAGCUUUCUACUCCUCAGAAAUAGAUCUCCUUUUGUAAAAUAUUCUCCAUACACUGUAUUACCUAGCUACUUUCCCAUCCAGAAAUCAGCAUUUCUAGCUCGCAGAUUUGUCUCCUAUUUUAGUCGCGUGAGGUUAAGGUGUCCUCACACUUUAUCACUAGCCCUCCCCCUCUCGGUUGCAAGUUUGAAACCCACGUAGGGCAGUUGCCUGGUACUGACCAUAGGUUUUUCUCCAAGUACUCUGGCUUUCCUCCACCUCCAGAACCAGAGACUUGUAUGACUUGUAUCAGAGACUUAUAUAAAAUGAGAUCUCUGGCUGAAAUCUUCGUUGAAAUUGGUGUCAAAUGGUUACCCACCUGGUGCUAUAUUUGCUACUUAAAGCGCUUUUUCAAAUCAGAUAUUUGGUUUUGUUUUAUUAUUUUCGACUUCGUUUUGAAAAAUAAAAAAAUGAUUUGUUUAUAUCCA